UCCAAUCGUAGAAAGACUAGUACGUCCCGCUCCUCCCUCUAAACCCUAAGACAAACCUCCCGCGCGGCAAUGGCUCUCCCGCCCGCCGCCUCUCCUCCUCCUCCUCCCACGCCGGUGGAUCCGAUCGUCUGGCUCGCCUGCGCCUCCCCGCUCUCCCGCCUCCCCGUCGUCGGCUCCCAGGUCUACUACUUCCCCGCCGGCCACGCCCAGCAGUGUCCCACCCCUCUCCCGCUCCCCGCCCACCCGCUCUUCCUCUGCUCGCUCACCGCCCUAAGCCUCUCCGCCGACCCCACCACCGGCGAGCCCUACGCCACCAUCUCCCUCCUCCCUCUUCGCCCCGGCACGCCCCCCGCCGCACCCGCGCAAGACCAGCCCCUGCCCGCCGUCUCGCUCCCCGCGCCUGGGGUCGGCAGCCAGCGCCAGCCUCCGGUGUUCUGUUACUACCCCAAGCAACUCACGCAGAGCGACGCCAACAACGGCGGCGGCUUCUCCGUCCCCAGGCUCUGCGCCGAGAGCAUCUUCCCGCCGCUCGACUUCGACGACGACCCGCCCGUCCAGAUCCUCAACAUGACCGACCUGCAGGGCAAGUCCUGGGAAUUCCGCCACAUCUUCCGCGGCACGCCGCGCCGCCACCUGCUCACCACCGGCUGGAGCAAGUUCGUCAACGCCAAGGUGCUCGUCGCCGGGGACACCGUCGUCUUCAUGCGCCGCCCCGACCUCAAGCUGCUCGUCGGGGUGCGCCGCGCGCCCAGGUUCGACGCCGACUCGAGGUGCAACGCGCGGGCGCGGGUCCCGGCCCAGGAGAUCAUGGAGGCGGUACGCCUGGCGUCGAACGACGAGCCCUUCACGGUGACUUACUACCCGCGGCAGGGCGCGGGGGAGUUCGUGGUGCCGCGCAUGGAGGUGGAGAAGGGGUUGACCAGCGCGUUCAUGCCGGGGAUGCAGGUGCGCAUCCAGAUCAUGGAGUCCGAGGACACGCGUCGCACCGCAUGGCUUAAUGGCACCAUCAACAAGGUCUACUACCAACAGAUGUGGAACGGCCUCGAGGUCGACUGGGAUUCCUCCGCGGCGUCAUUUUUCAGGACAGACAGAUGCGUUAAUCCUUGGCAGGUCCAACCUGUUGGCUUCCCUCCUCUUCCCAGUGGGGUUAACAUUAAUCCUAACACCAUCAGUAGUGCACCUAUUUGCACCGAGGAUUCAUUGUUGGUGCCGUCGCCGAUGCUGCCCCCUCAACCUCCUGUUAGCAUUCAGGGAGCCAGGCACAACAAUCCCAAUGCCCAUGCAGAUAUACCCUCUUCAUCCACCUCAGUGUUGACCACUCAGGCGCUGUUCCCCACAGGUCUUCAGAAUUCAGUUCCACCGAGCUUGGGUGGUGGCUCUUCCUCCAUGGUGAAUCCUCAAAAUGGAUCACCCUCCAAUAACCCAGUAAACACACCUCCAUCUGACCUUCCUGAUGGGAUGAAGACCAUACAGCUGUGUAUUCCCGAAAAGACCAUACAGCUGUUUGGGGUCAAAAUAACAUCACCUGUGCAAAGUGACACCAAUGGCGGUUUUUCUUCUGCACAAGUAAACCAGGUUCCUGAGGGUAUGGAUGAUGAAACUUCUGCACAAGAAGCUACUGACACAACCCCAACUGGCUCACCUACCAAUGGCCACAACAAUCAAGAUGCUGCUAGACUUUGA